AGGUUGAAGGAACUACGUUUCAACUUUCAAGUAUAACUCCAACAUUUUGAUGCAUUAUUUCCCUUUUCUUUUUCACGUAGUUAGUCUAAUCAUGGAAACUUAGAAACCAUUUAAAAGGAAACAAUUGCUUGAUCUCCUUAAUCCUCGUUAGACCAAUUUCUUUCUACUUCUAUUCUACAACUCCUCGUUCCCUCUCUCUCAGAAUUUUGAGAAUUGCAAGGGUAUCAAUUCCUUGACCUAUAGAAAUGGUGAAAAUUUGUUGUAUUGGAGCUGGCUAUGUGGGUGGCCCCACCAUGGCUGUGAUUGCACACAAGUGCCCAAAAAUUGAAGUGGCCGUGGUUGAUAUUUCUGUGUCGCGAAUCAGUGCCUGGAAUAGCGACCAACUCCCCAUUUAUGAGCCAGGGCUUGACGAUGUAGUGAAGCAGUGUAGAGAUAAAAAUCUUUUCUUUAGUACUGAUGUGGAAAAGCAUGUUUUCGAGGCUGAUAUAGUGUUUGUAUCGGUUAAUACCCCGACCAAAACCCAAGGGCUCGGAGCUGGCAAGGCUGCUGAUUUGACUUAUUGGGAAAGUGCUGCUCGAAUGAUUGCAGAUGUAUCCAAAUCUGAUAAAAUUGUUGUUGAGAAAUCAACAGUCCCUGUGAAAACAGCGGAGGCAAUUGAAAAGAUUUUGACCCACAACAGCAAAGGCAUCAACUUUCAGAUUCUCUCUAACCCUGAAUUCCUUGCAGAAGGAACCGCAAUUCAAGACCUUUUCAAUCCGGACCGCGUGCUUAUUGGUGGUAGGGAAACUCCAGAGGGGCAAAAAGCAAUUCAAGCAUUGAAAGAUGUUUAUGCCCAUUGGGUCCCUGUGGAACAUAUCAUAUGCACCAAUCUCUGGUCCGCUGAGCUCUCAAAACUAGCUGCAAAUGCUUUCUUGGCACAGAGGAUUUCUUCUGUCAAUGCCAUGUCAGCUCUUUGUGAGGCCACUGGUGCAGAUGUCACCGAAGUCUCUCAUGCUGUCGGCAAGGACACAAGAAUCGGGCCCAAGUUCUUGAAUGCCAGUGUUGGUUUCGGUGGAUCUUGUUUCCAGAAAGAUAUCUUGAACUUGGUAUAUAUUUGUGAAUGCAAUGGUCUUCCUGAGGUUGCAAAUUACUGGAAACAGGUCAUUAAGGUGAAUGACUAUCAAAAGAGCCGUUUUGUGAAUAGGAUCGUUUCUUCUAUGUUCAACACAGUUUCAGGUAAGAAGAUUGCAAUAUUGGGAUUUGCUUUUAAGAAAGACACUGGUGAUACGAGGGAGACCCCAGCAAUUGACGUUUGCAAGGGCUUAUUGGGUGACAAAGCUCAACUGAGUAUAUAUGACCCGCAGGUAUCAGAAGAUCAGAUACAAAGGGAUCUCUCAAUGAAGAAAUUUGAUUGGGAUCAUCCCAUUCACUUACAGCCGAUGAGCCCAACUUCUGUCAAGCAAGUUCAUUGCGUUUGGGAUGCAUAUGAAGCAACAAAGAGUGCUCAUGGUGUCUGCAUUCUUACCGAGUGGGAUGAGUUCAAAACUCUCGAUUAUCAAAGGAUUUACGAUAACAUGCAGAAGCCUGCUUAUGUGUUUGAUGGGCGGAAUAUCGUGGAUGCUGAGAAGUUGAGGCAAAUCGGGUUUAUUGUUUAUGCCAUCGGUAAGCCACUAGAUCCAUGGUUGAAGGACAUGCCUGCCGUUGCAUAAACCUGAAACUAUUAGACUUUAAGUGCCUCAUGAUCUGUCGAUUCAUAUACAGGAGGCCUUAUAAUCUUUUAGUUUAGUUUGUUUUUUGUUCCUCUUUAACCUUAUAAAUUUAUUAGUUUUACAGUUUAGAUCUCUUGGUUGAAAUAUGUUGGUACUGAUUUAAAGUAAUAAAGCAGAACCUUAUGAAAGUA